AUGGCCAGGUUUCCUCUCAUAGUCACAGAGUCCCCGAUGCCAAUGAGAAACCUUGUCUCAUAAAACAACAAAAAAAGAAGUAGAUAGCAUACAUAGGAAUAACACCUAUGGUUAUACUCUAUCCUCCACAUAAUGUGUGUAAAUGGACACAUGUACCCAUACUGAUGCACAUACAUGAUUACAAAUAUAUGCAUAUACCUUCCGUCUCCAUACACACACACAUGAAACUAACCCAAGUCUUUACUCUUAAAUGAACAUAGCAUGCACUGCAUUAGUACUCAAAUUGCAAUUUCUUGAAAAUUCAUGCUGUGGAUUUGAUUCCACUGGGUGUCUUUUGAGUCUUAAAUAGCAAGAGCUGUUGGCUAUGAAGCUGAGCAAAAUCUAUCAGUGGCCUCUGCAAAUGUAAAUUUGGUGUUUGGACUUGCUCAAUGGAAUAUGUGACAUUUUACUCUCCAGAGAAAGUCAUAAGAUAGAGAUGACAUUAGAGUGUUAACUAAUAAUCACCCAAGUGAAUGCAGUGUUCACGUACACAUCCAUUUUUAUGACAUAUCUUUUCCUGUUAGUGCCCAUAUUUUCCACAUUUUGUAUUGCCUUUGCCAAUAUUGUUAAAUAUUCUCUUUAAGACUUACUUUAUCUGCCCUUAUGUUGAAAAUCUAUCUCUAGAUGGUUGCCUUAAUAUUUAUAUGCAUGAGAAUUAAAUCUGAGAAAAAAGCAUUUAUAUUAAAAAGAUUGAAUUCCAUAAUAGGUAUGUAGAAAAUCUCAGUCAAAAUAUUUAUUAAGAUAUUCUUUAUUCUCCAUUGUCUUGUCAUGCAAUGUAGAUAAAAUGUUCAUAGUUUUAAAAGGAUUGCCUAUGGUUUCCUUUCCUAUAAGUAACUCCUCCGAUAUGAAAAGGUCAGUAGUUUAUAGUGAGGUUUAACAAGAUGGUUUCAUCUUUUAAUCCACUGAGAUCCAAGUCAAAACCCCAAUAAAACCGGAGUGGAUUAAUGACCUCUUGGUAAUAGUUAAAUGGAUGUAUUGGUGCCAUUCACCUUGGAAGCCUCAGCAAAGCAUAAGGCUAAGAAGGAGUUUCAGAUGUUCUCUCUCUUUACUUUUCACCCCUCUAAGGGAGAGGAAGCUGGGCCAGCAUCACACACCCACAUGUACAAUGUAAGACCAAGGACUGGAGUAACUCUGAGCUUAGGAGCUAAAUAUAUUCUUGCCUGGGACUCUCAGGUUGCUUCACUUCAGGAGCAACUUGGAGACGAUAUUCUAGUGAGUCUGCCAGCUUUUGGCCAGGAUCACCUUAUGAGGGUUUUGUCUGUCUGCUCCUGGUGUCUUUGUGAGAAUAUUCUUCAUGUUGUAGGUUUAGAAGUGACUGCGGUACCUGAGAUGCCAAGCUCAGUAGUAAUUAGAUUUGUAUAGUCCUUGCUGCUUCGAUUUGAAUCAAAAUAUCUAGGCUAAUUUUUUUUAAAUCAUGUCACUGUCCUCCUGAAAUUUCAGCUAAAUUAACAACAAAAAAAAUGACAAAUAGAUAAGAACUUCCACUUAGAACAAUGGGGCCAUUUCCUUUUGUAAAGUUUGUUUGUCAUCCCUGUUGAUUGACAGGGUUUCCAAUUGUUUUCCAAAUUAUGAAUCUGAGAGUCUUUGGGUUCAUGCUCUGUAGUAUAGGUGGGGGGCACUAUUCUUUGCACUUUAUGAUCUGAGAUUUGCAAGUUAAUUGUGACAGAUCAACGAGUUCCCUAAUUUACUUCCCCCUUGCUGCAGCCCAGCAUCUGGAAUAAUGAUUACAUUUGAAAACAAAGCAUUGAAGGGGUGGCUCACUUAAUCAGUUCCGUUGGUUCUCUGGCCUCUGACUUACUUGGAUGGGAACAUAGCCAAAAUUAAAAAAAAAAAAAAAAGACUGCUGGGUAUUUCAGAUGUAGGUAAUGGGUCUUCACCAGAAAUAGACCCCUAUGAGUUUAACUAGCAGUGUAGUGUGGGUUUUUUUUUUUCUUUUCUCUUUUUCAAUUCUGUUGGCAACAAACCACAAACUGGCCUCUGACACUGAAUUUUUUUUAAAAGCUCAUUUCAACUCUCCCACACAUAAGUAGUGGGGAAGACAGGGUAGGGGUUUUCUAUUGAGGACCUUUUCUUCUUCACAGCCGCCUUCUGAAAUGUGUGGAGCAACUGGUGAAUGGUUUCCUAGCUUUUCAAAGGUAGCUUACAAAUGAUUCGAAGUGUUGAAACUUUCUGAGUCUCAAUGAACUAUUUCUCACACAACUCAGAUACUGCUGUUCAUGCAUGAAUUAGUUGAACCAGGCCACAUAGAAAGCAUUGUAAUUGUACCUGUGAGUUGGCAAGAAGCAAGUGCUCUUCCUUGAUUCUGCUGCACGAGGAGGAGAAUGGGCUGCGAUCGGAACUGUGGGCUCAUUACUGGAGCCGUUAUUGGUGCUGUCCUGGCUGUGUUUGGAGGCAUUCUCAUGCCGGUUGGAGACCUACUCAUUGAGAAGACAAUCAAAAGGGAAGUUGUCCUUGAAGAAGGAACCAUUGCUUUCAAAAACUGGGUGAAAACGGGCACCACUGUGUACAGACAGUUUUGGAUCUUUGACGUGCAAAACCCAGAGGAAGUGGCAAAGAAUAGCAGCAAGAUCAAGGUUAAACAGAGAGGUCCUUACACAUACAGAGUUCGUUAUUUAGCCAAGGAAAAUAUAACUCAGGACCCCAAGGACAGCACUGUCUCUUUUGUACAACCCAAUGGAGCCAUCUUUGAGCCUUCACUGUCUGUUGGAACAGAGAAUGACAACUUCACAGUUCUCAAUCUGGCUGUGGCAGCUGCACCACAUAUCUACACAAACUCAUUUGUUCAAGGUGUGCUCAACAGCCUUAUCAAAAAGUCCAAGUCUUCUAUGUUCCAAACACGAAGUUUGAAGGAACUCUUGUGGGGUUACAAAGAUCCAUUCUUGAGUUUGGUUCCAUAUCCUAUAAGUACCACAGUUGGUGUGUUUUAUCCUUACAAUAACACUGUAGAUGGAGUUUAUAAAGUUUUCAAUGGAAAGGAUAACAUAAGCAAGGUUGCCAUAAUUGAUACCUAUAAAGGGAAAAGGAAUUUGUCCUAUUGGGAAAGUUAUUGCGACAUGAUUAAUGGCACAGAUGCAGCCUCCUUUCCACCUUUUGUUGAGAAGUCUCGAACACUGAGGUUCUUUUCCUCUGACAUUUGCAGGUCCAUCUAUGCUGUGUUUGGAUCUGAAGUGAACCUUAAAGGAAUCCCCGUGUACAGAUUUGUUCUUCCAGCCAACGCCUUUGCCUCCCCACUCCAGAACCCAGACAACCACUGUUUCUGCACUGAAAAAGUAAUCUCAAAUAACUGUACGUCGUAUGGUGUGCUGGACAUUGGCAAGUGCAAAGAAGGAAAGCCUGUGUACAUUUCUCUUCCACAUUUCCUACAUGCAAGUCCUGAUGUCUCAGAACCUAUCGAAGGCUUGAAUCCUAACGAAGAUGAGCAUAGGACAUACUUGGAUGUGGAACCCAUAACUGGAUUCACUCUACAGUUUGCAAAACGACUGCAGGUCAACAUACUGGUCAAGCCAGCUAGAAAAAUAGAAGCACUGAAGAAUCUGAAGAGACCUUACAUUGUACCUAUACUGUGGCUAAAUGAGACUGGGACCAUCGGCGAUGAGAAAGCAGAAAUGUUCAGAAACCAAGUGACCGGGAAAAUAAAGCUCCUGGGCCUGGUUGAGAUGGUCUUACUUGGUGUUGGAGUAGUGAUGUUUGUUGCUUUUAUGAUUUCAUACUGUGCUUGCAGAUCUAAGAAUGGAAAAUAAGUAGUGGAUGAGCCUACAUUAUGCACUAGCUACAUUUUUGGUAAAACCAAUCUCCAAAACGAAGACUUAAGACAUGCUUGUUUUUAUAAAACACACCUAUCUGUAGUUGAAGAAACGGUGGUGUGCGCGCUCUCUCUCUUAUUGCAGAUAUAUAUUUAUUUAUAUAUUGCAAUAAGCCACAGCAUAUUUCGAAAAGAUUAAUAUGUCACUAAGCCUAUAUUUUUUAAUAAAAUCUUGUAUUUUGUUAAGUCCAUCAUCUGCAACUGAGUGGACAUCAAUUUCUGCAGAACUAAUUAUCUUUUUUGGUUCUGAUUUACUGAUUUUUUUUCCUGUUGGCAAAUUUCAAGAAUGUAUAUAUUCUAAGAAACGCUUUGUUCCUCAUCGAAGUAAACUGUUAUCAUGUCUGGGGUGGCCCUUUCAUUUAUAGCAAAUGUUCCUUGUGACUGUCAGCACAUGAUAUGUCAUAAGGAUUAUAUCAUUUUAAAGAUUUAAGGAUGAAAAAUGAACAAUUCACAUAUGAACCAUUGUUGAUAUAUUGUUUAAUCCUCUCCCUCUCUGGUGUCCUUGGCAACAACAAGGCCAGGUAUCACAGAUACUUUUUUCUUUUUACUUUCUUACACAGAGCUUAUAUGUUCUGUUCCUCGCCAUGAAAUGAACUAUUUUUAGCACAUUUUAGCUCUUUAUUUUAAGUAUGUUGUCAAGUUCCAUGCUGCCUAGCUCUUUUGAAAACUGAGUAGGUUUUUCUCUUUCUGCUCAGCCGCAACUAAUGUAACUUCAGAGAGCUGUUAUAGUGUUAAAAGAUGUAAUUUAUAAUAAAUGGAUUAUGAUAUAGAAUCUUAAAAAAGCUAGAAUUGGCUUUAAAUAUGUAUUUGUGGUAAUAUAUUCUGCUUUUAUAAUCACCCAGAAAUAACUGGUUUCUAACAUUAAAGAUGUUCUUAAAUUCAAA